UAGGACAAAGAGGUACCUUAGCUGUUAUCAUAACCCCAAUUCCGUACCACAUGAAGGAUACUUCAUUCUUGCUUCCUUAUCUGAAUCUGAGAUCUAAUUAGUAUAAACUAAUUUUAAGCUCCAUUGCUAUAUAAACCCAUUGAAUUGAAGCACCUAUAGGCUAUAGCAGAAUACCAACUUAUUUCUAGCCUCUAGCUAACUCAAAGCCUGAUUUAAUUUCUCACAAAGUGCGCACUAUUCUUCAACUAGUUCAAGAUGACACCCCUUGAUUUUGAUGCUCUUAAAGACAUGCAAAACUCUGCAAAUGACCUCCUUCAUUCUCCAUUGGUUCAACAAGCCCUUGUCCACUGGCACGAAGAAAAAUGGGUCAGUGAUGUCUCUGAGUCCUCUCUGAGGAUAUUGGAGGUGUGUGGCAUCUCCAAAGAUGUUCUUUUGCUUGUGAAAGAACACCUUCAAGAACUCCAAUUCACUUUACGAAGAGCAAGCAUUGGUGAGCCAGGAAUUGAGGGAAAAAUCACAGCUUUCAAUUGCUAUAGGAAGAAGUUAAAGAAAGAGACUUUAAAGUGCUUGAAAUGGUUGAAGGGUAUGAAGACUGAAAAAAUAAUCACUUCAAUGAAGGACCAAAAACUAACUCUGGUUGUUGAUGUUCUGAGGGAAGUGAGGAUGACAAGCAUUUCCACUGUGGAAUCACUGUUGUCACUAAUUUCAUCACCAUGGUUGGAUUAUUCAAGAACAGGGAAAAGGUCUUUCAUGUCAAAGCUUGUUCAUGUGAAUUUGCAGAAUAAUUCAUCAGAUCAUGAUAUGUAUUAUGAUGCCAUGGUGCUUCAAAGUGCAAAUAAAAGGCUAGCAGGGGUUCAAAUGGCAAUAGAAGAUCUAGAAGUUGAGUUGGAGUGCAUGUUCAGACGUUUGAUCCACACAAGGGUUUUGCUUCUUAACAUAUAUACUUACCAACUUGGAACACCAAAUCAACUAGCUAGCUCAAAAUCCUUUAGAUAUAUAUAACAUCUGUUAUUCUCUUGAGCAUGUUACUUAGACUUUUAACCAUUCUUUCUAUUCUUUAAUUCUUUCAAAUAACUACCUUAAUUGUAAGUCUGCAAUCAACAUCCAAUAUAACAGAACAUUGUCUGUUC